AGAUCAUCCUCUCGGACUAUCUCUAGCAUAAUACAUACUCCAGUUUAAUAUAUAAUCAGAUCGAUAUAUAAGAGAUUCGUGAUUCAACGUUGAUACUCGGCAUAAAGAAAGGUCCUUGUCAACUAUAUAUUUACCUACAAUCAAUCUCAGUAUAUCAUGUCGCCCCAAGUCCUCCGUCGUCGCGACCCAACUGUCGGUAGUGGACUCCGAGCAGUCCUUUCGGCCCAGGAAAAAGGUGCCUCAGCAUUUCCAAUUCCUAGCCCACCCAAAGACACGAUAGUAGUAAAAGCCGCCUGGGACUCCUUUCUCCUCGAGUCAUUUACGGCAGGAGACGCCUGGGAGCUUGGACAUCUGCUCUACGCGCGGCUGCUCCCAUUCUCUACCCAGAAACCCACGUUAAUCUCCAUCGCGCUAGCUAACGGCCAGGUGCUGUUCCAGAGCGCCGUUGGCUCCGGGACCACGCUGGAUAAUGAGACUUGGGUGCAGAGGAAGAGGAAUACCGUGCUAAGGUUUGGCACGAGCACUUGGUUCCAGCACUGCAAGUAUGCAGGUGAUGAAGAGGCUUUCCGGUUGAUGUUUGCGAUGAGUCCCGAGCAGGCGGAGAAGUAUGCGAUCCAUGGCGGGGGAGUACCCAUUCGAGUCCAGGGAGUCGAGGGUAUCGUUGCAAUUGUUGUGGUUUCCGGGCUGAAGCCGCAUGAGGAUCAUGGUGUUAUUGUCGAUGUCAUUAACAACAACUGGGAAUAAUAGCGUUAAUAUUAAACGCUGAAAAGUCAAAUAUUAAAAUAAUGAGGUAAAAAUUAUAUUUAAACAGGUCCAAAUUCGUUAAAAGUAUUG